AUGGUACAGGCCUCGAAGAUCUAUGCUCUGCUAGCUGCUGCCUUCUCGGAUACGCUGCUCUUCGGUUCGCACAGGCCCUCUGGCCAGGACCAGUACAUUGAAGCAAUGGGGUUGGGUCCGAACUUUGCCUCCUCGCAGGACUCUUUGGGAUGCCGUGCUAAUCCCACGUCAUCCGGUGAUGAAGAGGCCGACUUUGGGCGACGCACAUUGAUGAUGAAUGUCUUACCACCGCAACUAGAUUACGGGACAGAGGACUCCGUUGCCAAGAUCAUCGAAACCAUCUCAGGCUCUGAACCCAGCCAGGUGAUCAACGGCGACAAAAUCAUUGCCGUCGCUUUUCCUGCAGAGGAGGAGGAAGAGGCGAGCACGCCUUGGGUCUCCCGUCGGCACGACAUGAUGACCAUGGGCCUCGGUCCGGCCGAAGAACCUCGGAUGAAUGGCUUGAGUCUGGCCCCGCGAAUGUGCCAUAUGGCUGCUGGUGGACCACGCAGGUUCAACGUCGGAGAGCAAGAGUUUGCUCGAGCUAUUUCGCCGUACGAAGUCGAGUUCACCAUCAUGCACGAGGCACGUGGCGGCCGUCACAUUAUGCCUGGGCUAUUUGGGGAGCAGUCAUCUCUGGGCUUCGCCUGCCACGUAACGGAUCCGUCGCGAUUGGCGAAAGACCACUUCGCUUGCGUGGCUUCUGACAUGAUGCUCGUUGAGUCGGGCACGGCAGCGCGGGUGAACAACGCCACUGUCCUGAUGCCAGAGGAGAUGGUCUUCGCCCUAACAACCAUUUGCCCGUCCGGCAUGGAACUUGCGCUUGGAUUCAGCCAGGGCCCGGGUGGCAGCACCGACGGUGCCAGGGCUGCGCUGACCGGGCUGCGCUUAACGACCCGCAGGAAGGACAACCGCCAGUUGCUGCUCAACCGCAACCUGCCGGGCUUCAAAGUGAUGAGCAAGGUGAACGCAGUGCGCUCGGCCAUCCUGGAGAACUUGGUGAGCCCCGCGGAAGCGAAUUCGAGUGGCCAGGAGAUCCUGCUGUGGGAAGAUGAGGCAGCACAAGACGACUUCGAGGAUCUCCUUCGCAUGAUAAACGAGGCACCGACCAUUGAAGAUCUUGGAGGUGCCUAUGGGGCCAAUAGAGAGCCGGUGACCUGGGUUCGGCAUCGGCAACGACUGCGCAGUGAGAAGCAGGAGGAGGAGUCAGGCGAGGAAGAUGCGGAUGACGAGGUUGAGGAUGCUGAUGAGGAUGCGGAGGAUGCCGACGUCCGUGCGUUGCAGCCGAUUCUUCUCUUUCCCGGUCUCGAAACCCAGGUCGCCAAGAAGACGGCUGAGAGCAGCCCAGUGAUAGCCCACAGCUUCGAAUGCCCAGACUGUGCUGAUCGUUUUCAGGACUGGGAUGCUUGCCGGGAGCAUCUAGUGAACACGGGCCAUCUCGAUGUGUCGACACCGGAAGCGGAGACCGUGGCCAAAAAGCAGCUGACAAAGCCAGUUCGAUGGCGUUGCUUAGAGUGUUUCGAAGGUUUUGCCACGAAGGCCGACUUGGAGAAACAUCUGCGGGAGACCCAUCACUUGGCAUUUGCUGAGACUGACACGGUGAGGUUCAACCUUUGCAAGCCGCGUCCCAUCCCGGAGCUCGACGAUCCGUCCGCGGUCAUUUCCCGCAGGUUACAACAAUCCUUCGGGCAAGAGGCCGAGCCGGAAGCUGCGACAGAAGAGGAGCCAGUUGGCUUCUUCCGCUCAUUGCGAAGGACGCUCUCGGCGCCGUCUUCUAUUCCGGCUCGCCAGGCUCAGGAGUUGCUGCCAGAGUUUGUGGAGCUGGCCCGGGAUAUCAAGCUGGACCUGCCAGUAAAGCUGAAGCUGCAACAGCUGGAUCUUGAGGAGGCUCGGGAUCUCAUCGACAAUAUGAGGAGAAAGCCGGUUGCUAUCGAUAAUCCAAACGGUUGGCUCAUGAAGGCCAUCGAAAGAAGGAAGGGGCAGCUGCAGGAGCUGCAGCCGGAGUUUCAGGCGUUAGUCCAAGAUGUCAAAGACCUGAACUUGAACGUGAAGCUGCGGCUGCAGAGCCUCGAGCUUGAGGAGGCGAGAGAUCUCGUCGACCAGAUGAAGAGAAAUCGCGUUCCCAUCAAGAAUCCAAGUGCUUGGCUCGGGAACGCCAUUGACAAGAAGAUCCGCCGGCUCCAGGAGGCAGACAAGCCCAGAGCGGCAACGGCCAAACCAAAGGCCAAGCCUAAGGCGACGAAGCAGAAGCAGCCCGCAAAGACGAGCGAAGAAGAAGCAUCGGAGAUCCUUACUCCGCCGCCACUUCCGCCGCUCCCGCAACUUGAGCCAAAGGAGGCAGAGAAGCCGGCAAAGGUCAAACCCAAGACCAUUGCCAAGGCGAAGAAGCAGAAGCAGCCCGCAAAGACGAGCGAAGAAGAAGCGUCGGAGAUCCUUACUCCGCCGCCACUUCCGCCGCUCCCGCAACUUGAGCCAAAGGAGGCAGAGAAGCCGGCAAAGGUCAAACCCAAGGCCAUUGCCAAGGCGAAGAAGCAGAAGCAGCCCGCAAAGGCAGAGAAGCCGGCAAAGGUCAAACCCAAGGCCAUUGCCAAGGCGAAGAAGCAGAAGCAGCCCGAAAAGGAGGAAGAGAAGCCCACGGCGGCUGCCAAGCCCAAGGCGAACGAGAAGAAAUCAGCAAACAAGGAGAAGCAGUUCGUGUCGAAGCUGAAGCAGGCCGACCGCGACGAGCAGAUCCUUGCUGCUGUGCUAGAGGUUGCCGGUGGUACACUUGACCCGAAGACCUCUUUGAAUUUGGUGAUGCAGAGGUUGCUUGGCAACAACGAUGCAACUGUGUACACGUGCAAGAAAAGCGAGGAAUCCUUCGAAGGGAAGGUCUCUUUGAAGGGCGAGGGAGGAACCGUCGAAUUUGUGGCCAAAGGUGCCACAAAGAAGCAGGCUCAAGUCAAUGCAGCGCGCGCGGCUCUGCAAGGCUUCGAGCAGGUUCUCGAGAGAUGUCGGCCGAAGGUGGACGCUGUGGCGAGUUGA